AUGGCCAUCUCUGCUCUCCCUCCUUUCUCCUCUCCUCCCUGUUCACACCUGAUUCCCCGGCGUGGCUACUCCCCAUCAACGUCAACACCAAGCAACCCUCUCAAUUCCUUCCAGAAAACCCUCUUCUCGCGGAACCCGCGUCACCCUGAAUCCAGCGACCCAGCCCCAGAAGGGAACCUGUCUCUCCUCGGUGACUGGCCUCGUCUGCUUCAAAUAUCCAUUGGGUCCAAGAACCUCCACCUGGGUCUGGCCGUUCAUGGCUUCCUUGUGAAGUCUGCCUCGCAGACGGAUGUCUUCCCUGGGAACAACUUGAUUAAUAUGUAUUCUAAGUUCGGAAGUUUGGAUGACGCCCAAGCGGUAUUCGACGAUAUGCCAAUGAGGAACACAAUCACUUGGACCUCUUUGAUCGGCGGGUACGCCCUCGUCGAGGACCUCAGCUCCGUGUUGAGAAAUUCGCGCCUGAUGCACCAGUUGGGAGAGAGAUUUAACGGGCACACCUGCGCUAUUGUUUUACAGGCCUGCCGGGGCCAGGAGGACUGCAUCAUCGGCAAGCAGGUCCAUGGGUUCUGCGUCAAGACUGGCGACGAGACGAACGUCGUUGUCGGCACCUCUCUAGCUUCCAUGUACCUGCGAUGCGGGCGCCCGGACGAAGCCGAAAGGGUUCUCGACGCUGUGGUCGAUGUCGAUGUCCGGUGUCUGAAUCUGAUGAUAUCUGAGUAUGGAAAAAUGGGAGAUGAGACCAGAGCUUUCCGGGCUUUCUGCGACCUGAGGUAUUACUAUGAUCUGGAACCUGAUGAAUACACAUUCACCAAUAUCAUCAGCUCUUGUGAUGGAGGAGGAGCGGAUUUGGGGAGGCAGCUACAUGGGCUCGCCGUCAGAUGUGGAGCCGUCUGGGACCUCUCCGUGGGCAAUGCCAUCAUCACCAUGUAUGGAAAGCACGGCCUGUCUGAGGACGCCGAGAGGAUGUUUCAGGGAAUGAGGAGGACAAACUUGGUUUCAUGGACAGCACUGAUGUCCUCCCUCGUGAAGAACGGGCUCCAUUUGAGAGCAGUUCACAGGUUUGUGGAGCUUCUUGAAUUAUCCCUGCCUCUUGAUUCCAGCUCCCUGGCCACCGCAGUCGACGCCUGUGCCCACAUCAAGGACAUGGCGUUGGUGAAUCGAAUCCAUGGGGUCAUGGUGAAGCUCGGCUUCCUCUCCGAUUCCUAUGUCCCCACUGCCUUGGUCGAUGCGUAUGCCAAGUGUGGAAAUAUCAAGGCCGCGUGGCAGGUUUUCAAGAACCUCUCCAGGCCAAAUGCAGCUGUAUGCAAUGCAAUCCUCAGAGGUGGCUCCGAUGAAGAGGACCCACUUGCCCUGUUCAACUGGAUGAGACACAACGGAAUCCAACCUGACUGGAUAACUUGUACCCGUAUCCUGAGUUCGGUUGCGGAUCAGGCUUCCAUGGUGAGAGGAAGGAGCUUGCAUGGAUAUGCAGUCAAGUCAGGAUUUGAAGGGGAUAUCAAUGUGGGUAAUUCUUUAAUCUCCAUGUAUGCCAAAUGUGGAAGCAUGGAGGAUGCCCUGCAGAAGUUCGGGGAUAUGGCGAGCCACGACUGUGUCAGCUGGAACUCCCUUAUUUCUGGAUUGGCUGCCCAUGGGAAGGGGAAGGAGGCCGUCAUCCUAAUGGAGAAGAUGGAGAUGGAAGGAUUGAAGCCUGACGAGACCACAUUAGUAUCAGUCCUCCAAUCUUGUAGCUACUCGGGGUUGUUCCACACUGGGUUUUCAAUAUACCACGACAUGGAGAAGAAGUAUGGGAUUAAACCGUCGCUGGACCACCAGGUCUGCAUGGUGGAUCUUCUGGGUCGGUCUGGGGACACUUCAGGGGCCAUGGAGCUCGUAGAACAAGGUGGAUUCAGUGAUUCACCAUUGCUGUGGAGAACCCUCGUGAACGUCUGCAAGAUCAAUGACGAUACACGCCUUGGAAUACUUGCUGCAGAGAGAUUAAUUCGUCUUGCUCCAGAUGAUGCGGGAUCUUAUGUUCUUGUCUGCAACCUGUACGCCGAAGCUGGAAUGUUGGUAAAAGCUGCAGAGGUGAGAGUUUCACUACACAACAGAGGAAUGAGAAAAGAAGCAGGUCAUAGCUGGAUCGAGAUCGACCGCGAGGUUCAUAAGUUCAUAGCUAACGAGAGUAAUCACAAAGAGAGCGUGGAAAUUCAGGAUGUGUUGGACAGAUUGAGUAAUCAAAUGAAAGACAAGGAUAUCAUCCAGCUGUCGACACUUGAUUCCCACUUGUUCGGAGUAGUUGGUAGCUGUGACCAUGGCAGCUAUGACAUUCUGCAAGACAGGUGCUGA